CAUUCUUCGUCGUCGAACAAAAACGCGGAAACAAAAGAAAUAAUCAGUUUGUCAAAACAAAUACCACGAAGUUGGGUGAAAGUGAGGGUAGUUGUCGCUGACAGCUGUCAGAGUUGGUACCGUAGCCCCCUAACCUUACUUGAGAGGCUUGCCAUGGCUAAGAAAAGAAUAAGCAAGGAGUUGUCGGAUUUACAGAAGGAUCCUCCGGCUUCCUGUUCAGCUGGACCUGUAGGGGAUGACCUGUUUCACUGGCAAGCUACCAUCACGGGACCGAAUGACAGCCCGUAUUGUGGAGGAGUGUUCUUCCUUUCAGUCCAUUUUCCUAUGGACUACCCCUUUAAACCACCAAAGGUUGCCUUUACAACAAAAAUCUAUCACCCAAACAUAAACACCAAUGGUAGCAUCUGCCUUGACAUCUUGAGGUCACAGUGGUCGCCUGCUCUUACAGUAUCAAAAGUUCUACUCUCCAUAAGCUCUUUGCUGUGUGACCCAAAUCCAGAUGAUCCACUUGUGCCGGAAAUCGCAAGAAUUUGCAAAAAUGACAGACAAAAGUACGACGAAACUGCCAAGGAAUGGACUCGGAAAUAUGCAAUGUGACAGCCUCGAGAUUCAGCAUCAGCAGCGCAUCCUUUGAACACCUUGAAAUCUGACAGUUCUGUCCAGACUGCUCCACCACACUGGUUCAAUGAGGUGUUUUACCCGCUUGAAGCACUUUCUCUACUCACUCUACUUGACUUAACUGUUUUUACUGUUUAUUUUAUUUUCCUUUAAACUGGCAUAAUUUUAUUACUAUUUGUUUGGUGAGAUGGCCUGAUUGUAUUUCCUUUCUUUUAAAAAAUGGAUCCAGAUUAUACAAACUUUGUUUUGCAUUAAAAACCUUCAAAACAUU